AUGAACUUCAUGAAACCCUCCAGUGUCUACAAUUUAUCCAACAUUCGUGAGAAUUUGAUCCGGAUGGAGGAUACGAUUAUUUUCAACCUUAUUGAACGUUCUGAUUUCCCAACCAUGCCAUCCAUCUACGAGGAAAAUUCACCAAAUAUCAACAUUCCUAAUUUUGAAGGCUCCUUUCUGGAUUGGCUAUUUCAGCAGAAGGAGUGCAUUGAGUCACAAGUUAGAAGGUAUCAAAGUCCCGAUGAAUAUCCAUUCUACCCACACGUUAUCAAGGACUCAUUUUUACCGCCAAUUCAAUACCCAAAAUUACUUGCUAGUUAUUUCAGGGAAGUCAAUAUUAACGACGAAAUCAAGAAAAUUUACAUUGAGAAAAUGAUCCCACGGAUCGCUAAAGAAGGUGAAGAUGUGGAGAAUUUUGGGUCUGCAGCUUCUGUGGAUAUCAUAGCCUUAAGAAGCAUAAGUCGCAGGAUCCAUUUUGGUAUGUUUGUUGCCGAGGCGAAAUUCCAGGCGGAUAGAGAGCUCUACACGAAGUUGAUCAAGGAGAGAGACAUUGAAGGUAUAAUGGAAAAUAUCACCAACUCAGCAGUUGAGGAAAAGAUUCUGCAGCGUCUAUUGAUCAAAGCUAAGACCUAUGGUACUGACCCAACAGUCAACGAAGGUUCAAGCAAGGUUGACCCGGAGGCGGUUGUUGGGAUAUACAAAGACUGGGUCAUUCCACUGACAAAGAAGGUUGAAGUCAACUAUCUUCUUAGAAGACUCGAAGAUGAUCUUUAG